UAUUAAGUUCACGAUUUCUCAUUAAUGUAGACAAGUUGCUUGGCUCUCCGAGCCCACGUGUUCUGUGACUGAUGUAACAUCCGGGAGUGGCUGUGUUGAUGUCAAACGAGGAUGCUUUAAAACGUUAUCAAUAUCAACUCUUAACCCUUUUUUGAUUGCUCUCCGGUUUGAGCAUUAUUUUGAAUGCCAUGUGAAAAGCAGCCCCGGUUCUUGAUUCUUUACGGUUCUCAGAAGGGGCAAGCUCAGUCCAUUGCUGAGGGGAUAGCCGAUGAGGCAGCCGAGCAUGGGCUGGUGGCGGAAAUCAGCUGCUUAAGUCGGCAUGAAGAGUACCGUUUGGAGAGGGAGAGUGCUCCUGUGGUCUUCAUAGUGUCUACUACAGGAGAUGGAGAGCCACCCGACACCACACUUAAAUUUGUGAAGACCAUCAGGGCGAAGACCCUGCCCAGUGACUUCCUUAAAAACCUUCACUAUGCACUCUUGGCUUUAGGAGACACAAACUAUGCAAAUUUCUGCAACUGCGGGAAAACCAUUGACAAGCGGCUACAGGAACUCGGAGCCAAUCAUUUCUAUGCAACUGGACACGCAGACGACGGAACAGGGCUGGAGGUCGUGUUGGAUCCCUGGAUAGAAGGAGUGUGGGACGCGAUCAAAGCAGCCUUAUCAAAGAUGUCAUCCAGCAGUCAUCCGCCACUCAAAGAAACCCUCAGUGACAUGACCAAGGAAAACCCCGCCCCCACAUCUCCACCACAUGUGGAACUGAAUCGCCUGAGUCUCGCCGACAACAAGACCCCAGACUCAAUCAAAGCGCCGUUCGACUCAGACACUAAAUUGACGUUAGGCGGUUUGCCAUCCACGGAGGUCACGGGGUUGAGCUCUGAGUCGGACGUGGCUGCUGCUAAAUCGGCGCAGGAAGCACAGACCGACCAGGUCAGAGAGGAGUGUGUAGUGGCUGAACCCUCAUUGACGUAUUCCCUCCCACCGCUCUCGCAGUCCUCCCUCAACGUUCCCGCGUUGCCACCUCCCUACCUGGAGGCCACACUGCUGCUGGAGGACAAGGCAGAGAAGUUUAAUUCAUCAUUGCAUACCGAGACGUUUUAUGAAGUGCCUGUAACCAACGCCGUUCAGAUGACGAGAGGAGAUUCAGUUAAGAAGGCUCUAUUGCUAGAGUUGGAUAUCUCUGCCCAUCCGACGAUGACCUACAUGCCGGGGGACUCGUUUGACGUCCUGUGUCCGAACAGAGCGUCUGAGGUGGACGCUGUCCUCCUACGGUUGGGCCUGCAGGACCAGAAACACCAACGCGUUCAGCUGGCUGUGCGGAGAGACACCCAGAAAAGAGGUGCUCAGACACCACCACACGUUCCUGAUAACUGUACUGUGCAAUAUCUGCUCACGUGGUGCCUGGAAAUCAGAAGUGUUCCCAAGAAGGCCUUUCUGCGGGCCCUGGUGGACUGCGCAGGGGACAGUCGGCAGAAGAGGAGGCUACAGGAGCUAUGCAGCAAGCAGGGCUCUGCAGACUACAACAGGUUCAUCAGAGACUCGUCCCUCUGUCUGCCGGAGCUGCUGACAGAGUUCUCCUCCUGCACGCCUCCUCUGAGCCUCCUCAUAGAGCAUCUGCCGAAACUGCAGCCUAGGCCGUAUUCAGCAGCCAGCUCCACUCUCAGACACCCCGGGAGACUGCGUUUCAUCUUCACCGUGGUGGAGCUCCCAGCAUGCCCCGGGCGACCCGAGGGCCGGCGGGGUCUGUGCAGCGGCUGGCUGGCGGACCUGGUCGCCCCCGUCCUGGUGCGUCCCGGGACCGACGAGUCAUCAUGCGGCCAAGCCCAGCUGCCACAGAUCCACGUGAGAAUGCGACUGAGCGGGACCUUCCACGCCCCCACGGACCCCACCGCGCCCCUGAUCAUGGUGGGACCGGGGACAGGGUUGGCCCCCUUCCUCGGCUUCCUGCAGCAAAGGGAAAUUGAGAGGCGAGACAGCCCCGACGUGGCGUUCGGCGAGACCUGGCUCUUCUUCGGCUGCCGCCACAAAGACGGGGAUUACCUAUUCAGAGAGGAGCUGGAGGGCUUUGUGUCCAGCGGGACUCUGACGCAUCUCAAGCUGUGCUUCUCCAGAGAUGCCGCGGCGGCGGCGGCGGGGGGGGAGGAGGCGGCGGUGCCCGCCGUCUCGCAGCCGCCACCGGCGUGCCCCAGAUACGUCCAACACAACCUGCGGCUCCACAGCCAGCGCGUCAGCCGGCUCCUGCUGCGGCACGACGCCCGUCUCUACGUCUGCGGCGAUGCACGGAACAUGGCGAAGGACGUGAACGACACGCUGAUGGAGAUGGUCAGGGCGGAGCUUCAGCUGGACCAGCUGGACGCCAUGAAGACACUGGCCGCACUGAGGGAGGAGAAACGCUACCUGCAGGACAUCUGGGGCUGAGGAGGAGGAGGAGGAGGAGGUGGUUAAGGUGGUGGGGGCAGGAGUUGGGGGAUAGAGCACUUGGAUCCCCAUCUUUCCCCUCUAUCCCCCACAAGGACAACCCUUAUACAAAAGGAUGUAAUAAUUAGGUCCAGCAGUAACCUUGGCAACUGUGGGGGGAGAAUGAAAAGAAGUGCCGUUACUUAAAGUUGUCCAACUAAUAAAAAACACAUUUUUCUCGUAUGGGAGUAUGUUGUGUACUGGCCCAGGGACAUCUCUCCACCAGGCCGGCUCGCGCCGUACGUUGAGAGGAAGGAAUGACCUUGGGUGCGGGUUCGGCCCUGCCGGGGCUAAAAAAGGCUUUUAGUGUGGAUGAUGAGGCCCCCGCACUUUUCUCUGUUCUGGGGAAAGGCAUUUAGUCCAGCCUAAUCUCGCCUUCCCAAUGUGAGUAGUAGACUGAAAGUGGAUUUUGCAGGCGGUUUGGAUGGUGAACAGCCCCCCCCCCCCCCCAGGGCCCCCACCCAAUCUGUGGCUCUUUUACCAACACCGCCGAAAGAAAAUGUUGCAAGUUGUUACUUAACGGUAUCGAAUUACAUCAUAUUUUUAGGUUAUCAGCAGUCUCUUCUCCUUACUUUGUUUUUUUAUGCAUCACUGCCAAACUAACAGCAAGCUACAUCUCAGUAUUUGGUAUAACAUUGUCCAUUUAUUGCCAACGAUACAUUUCCCAUUUCUAUCUCAAUUUAAAUGAAAUGCAUGUGUUUUAACAAUAUCACAUUGUGGACAGUAGUGAUCAGGACUAUUAAUAUAACAGUUUAUUGCUUUAGCUUCUGCUACUGUGCUGAGCUGCUAUGGAAACAAUGAAUGGUUUCUCAAACCAACUACCCCACACCAGCAAAUAAACCAGUGUAAUGAAAUGCAA